AUGGUUCAUAUCUCUUUCGCUACCUUGACCGUCAUCGCCGGCGUCCUUGCCCAAACCGCGCUCGCUGCACCUUCUGAAAAACGGGCAGCCAGCUGCUCGUUCCCGAACCCAUCUUCAUCCACCGACGUCAAGUUCGAUGCCGCUCGCACCAUCAAGGCCGGCGAGUCCUUUGACGGCAAGAACCUCCGCUACCACCGCGGUGUCACAUGCGGUGGCCAGAAGGAAGGUGGCGACAAGGAUGCUGUCUUCCUGCUCGAGUCCGGCGCUACCCUAUCCAAUGCCGUGAUCGGCAAAAACCAAAACGAGGGCGUCCACUGCAAGGGACCUUGCACCAUCCGCAACGUCUGGUUCGAGGACGUAUGCGAGGACGCAAUCACCAUCAGGCAGAGCUCCGGUACGACCACCAUCACCGGCGGAGGCGCCAAGAACGCCGACGACAAGGUCAUUCAGCACAACGGCGGAGGUCUUGUCAAGAUCGACUCGUACUGCGUCCAGGACUUCGGCAAGCUCUAUCGAUCGUGCGGCAACUGCAGCACGCAGGUGAAGCGCGAGGUGCAGAUCAGCAACAUCAUCGCUCGCAACGGCAAGGUGCUCGCAGGCGUGAACUCGAACUACGGGGAUGUAGCGACGAUCGACACGAAGACGAACUCGUACACAAGCGUCAAGUCGAUCUGCAACACGUACCAGGGCAACGACAAGAGCCAGGAGCCUCCUAUGCUGACGGAGAACAAGUCGAAUGCCAAGUGA